GCAUAACAGCCAGGGAUGGAUAGCAGCAAGUGCAGAGCGAAGGCGCCACUUCUGACUCCAAGACACUGGAGAAUGGUGACUAAAGAUGGCCAUAGUACACUGCGGAUGGAAAGAGCACCCAGGACAGGCCUCACCCAGCUCCGGGACGCAUGGGGAAUCCUAGUAGACAUGCAAUGGAGAUGGAUGAUGCUCAUCUUUUCUGCAUCUUUUGUGAUUCACUGGCUCAUCUUUGCAAUCCUCUGGUAUGUUCUAGCUGAGAUGAAUGGCGACCUCAUGGUAAACCAUGAUGCCCCACCUGAAAACCACACUAUCUGUGUAAAACAUAUCACCGGUUUCACAGCUGCACUCUCCUUCUCACUGGAGACCCAGCUCACGAUUGGCUAUGGCACAAUGUAUCCCAACGGCGACUGUCCCAGCGCCGUUAUCUUACUGGCCAUCCAAAUGCUCCUGGGACUCAUGCUGGAGGCCUUUAUUACAGGUGCCUUUGUGGCAAAGAUUGCCCGUCCAAAGAACCGAGCUUUCUCGAUCCGCUUUAGUGAUCUGGCAGUAGUAACCCACAUUGACGGCAAACCAAAUCUGAUCUUCCAAGUCAUCAACACUCGACUGAUAUCACUCACCAGAGUCCAAGUCUCUGCUGUUCUCUACCAGGAACGUGAGAACAGCCAACUCUACCAGACCAGUGUAGACUUCCACCUGGACAGCAUCAGCUCUGAGGAAUGCCCGUUCUUUAUCUUCCCACUAAGCUACCAUCAUCCCAUCACACCCUCAAGCCCUCUAGCCACUCUGUUCCAGCAUGAAAAUCUUGGUCACUUUGAAUUAGUUGUGUUCUUCUCUGCUAUGCAAGAAGGGACCGGAGAAAUAUUUCAGAGGAAGACAUCCUACCUACCAUCUGAGAUCAUGCUACAGCACUGUUUUGCUCCUAUCCUGACUCGAGGUUCCAAAGGUGAAUAUCAAAUCAAGAUGGAGAAUUUUGACAAAACUAUCCCUGAACUUCCAGCUGCUGUGGUCCCUAAGAGCCCAAAUAGAACUGACAUGGGAAUCCAUAUUAAUGGGCAACACAUUGAUAACUUCCAGAUCUCUGAGACUGGGCUGGCAGAAUAGACUGAGAACACGGCUACAUUUGAGAAUGACAUCAAACUACUUAACUGGAUAUGCAGCUGCUUGCCUCUCAUUACCGCUACCACAUUAUCUUCUCCCUCAGUUUUAGCAUGGCAUGAAAAACAUGAUUUCUGACCACAGAAACUGAGACUACUGAAUUUACUCUGAAAACAAAGAUGAAAAUCUGGGAAAGUAAAAAGUCUACCAGCUGAUUUCAUUAAACUGAUCAAAGCUACAGCAACUAAAAGAAAAAUUAUACAGACCACUUCUGAUGACAUUUAAAUAUGAUUAUUUUUUUUUGUAAAAAGCAAUGAAUUCAAAAAUGUGACCUCAAAAAAAC